AUGUCUGAAUUGAAAAGUCAUUCCGAAAAGGUUCUCUCUUCAAGUGAUGAUGUUCGGAUUGGAGAAUUAAUUUUCAAUGCUGCUCCAAUAAUUCAACAACAUGGAUUGGAAUACUUUAUUUCUCAAUACAAGGAUGAAAAGAUUGAUAUUGCACUGAUUGGAUUUCCCUUUGAUGAAGGAGUGAAACGUAAUGGUGGUCGAGUGGGAGCCAAGAAGGGACCUGAAUCCUUCCGUAAGAUGAUCCGACGUGCUGGUACUGUCAUCAAUAGGGAGAUGGGUACUGAUUGCUCACAUUUGAAAAUUGUUGAUCUCGGAGAUGUUCAUCUCGAGGAGGAUGAUGAUGAAACCAAUUUAGAGAAGGCUCAUGAAUUAUUAGAAGAAUUUGUUUACAAGGCUUUGCAUCAAUUAAAGGUGGGCGCAGUGUUUGUUUUGGGUGGAGGAAAUGAUCAGAGUUAUCCCAAUGCAAAGGCUUUGCUGCGACAUGUGAGACAAUUCCAUUCGGUUGGAGUGGUCAAUUUGGAUGCUCAUUUGGACGUGCGAGAUUUAAAGAAUGGUAAACAUCAUUCGGGAUCACCUUUCCGAAGACUAUUGGAAACACCUGGAUUUAAGGGUCAACAUUUUGUAGAAUUUGCAGCUCAGGGUUCUCAAUGUUCACAAAUUCAUGCCAAUUAUGUGUUGGAGAAGGGAGGCAAAAUCUAUUGGCUUUCCAAAGAUGUCGAGUCGGCAGGAGCCAUGAAUGCAUUUCGACAAGUGGUUGAGAAGGAUUUUGAGAAUACAGAACAAAUCUUUGUUAGUUUUGAUUUGGACAGUAUUUCAAUGGCCUACGUCACAGGUGUUUCAUGUCCAUCUCCACUUGGAUUGAGUGCACAAAAUGCAUUGGAUAUUUGUUUUUAUGCAGGAUCUCAACAAAAAGUUCAACUAUUUGAUCUCAGUGAAUAUAAUCCAAUCAUUGAGGAAUAUAACACAGGAAAAAUGGUUGCAGCAAUGUUUGUACAUUUCUGUAUGGGUUACUCAUUAAGAAAUAAGCAAUGA